UGAUUGGCCGUAAUGAGUAUCGGGACCUUGAAAAUGACUGGAAAUGUAUUGAGAAUGGUUCUCACUCUUCUGCUCCUUGCUUCUAUCAGUCAAGGGAUCCAUGGUGUUGAGUUGUUCCAUUAUGAAAAGAUGAAAGCUGUAGUGGGCCAGAAUGUUUCCUUACCCUGCACUUUAAAAAGUGCUACUGAUAACAAGAUUGUCAGUAUUGAAUGGAGUAAGGAAACAAAUAAAAACACAAAGCUGGGUUUGUACAGCCAAUUUUAUGGAAUCCAUCUAUUCUGGCAAAAUAUUACCAUCCAGAUUGAGAAAAACGGUACAGAUGUCCUGGGUUCCCAUCUAAAACUUUCUGAUGUGAAGAAAUGGGAUGAAGGCAUCUAUGUUUGUGACAUGGCCACCUUUCCUGCUGGAUCCAGACAGGUUAAAACACAGCUAAUAAUCAAAGAUGACAUUAAAAUAACGUGUGAUGUGAAUGGCACUGUUGAAGUCCAUAAUGGAGAAAAUGUGACAAUUCGCUGCACAUCAUUUCCAAACGCACAGUACACAUGGACCAAGAAUGAUGAACUGUUGUCAGAGACUGAAUCUCUGGAGCUCUGGUGGGUGACUGAUGCUGAUGCAGGGGUUUAUACACUGACUGUCAACACAGGAAGCAAAAGUGUGCGCAAAGAGUUUGUGGUCACAGUGCAACCACAAGUUUGAAGACAGGAUGGAUCUACCACCUCCUUUCAAUCUCCCUCCACCUUUAGUCAAGUAUACAGCUGCAAGAUAGAGCAAGACUACAACAGAGCCUUUCCCCAUCUUUGACAUCUUUCAUAUUCAAAUAUGAAAUCUGUCAGUUCAUUAGCUGAAACGUGAAGUAACAGUAGGGAUAGGGUUUAAGCCAUGUCUUCUCUUGUUACUAAUUAGAAACCAGUACAAACCAGAAGUUUUGCAAAUGUAGCUCUGUCUAAAGGUGUUUUCAGGAUUUUUUUUCUUUUUCUUUUCUUUUUGAAUGAG